GCAUUGCAAUGCUGCCAUGCACAGUAUCGAGGGCAUUAUGACAUCAAGCCAGAGAAUUUCAUGUUCAAGCGCGAGACACAAGGUGACAUCGCGCAUGGCAACCUCAAGAUGGUGGACCUAGGGCUGAGCAGCGCUUUUGACAUGCAUCGGAAGCACCGCGUUUCUGGCACUACGGCCUACAUGGCGCCAGAGUUCUGGAGUGGCGUUUAUGGUCCUGAAGGCGAUGUUUGGAGUUGCGGCGUCGUCCUCUUCGUAAUGCUGACAGGAACUCCGCUUCUCGACGACAUCUCCCCAGCCACAGUGAAGCGCGAAAUACGAGUCCGCCAGAUGCUUCGGGAACGCGUGUUGUCCGCUGUCACCGCGUACAACAUUUCUCCAGUCGCUGCUGAUCUACUGAUGCAAAUGCUUCAGCAUGACCGGCAUGCGAGGCCUACCAUCAAGGAGGCUUUGAAGCACCCAUUCAACACAGAUGGGUACGAAUUGGAGCGAAAGCUGUCGUCCGUGGAGCGAGACCAGGCGGCGGAAAUGCUCGCCAAGCUGCCUGACACAGUCCGUGAAGUCAUGCAGGAGCCGAUGCUGAAGCGAGUGGCUCGCUUGAUCAUGGUUCAUGUGAGCGAGGUUUCUGAAGCGGCCAGUUUGGCUUUCCGAAUGCUAGAUCUGCAUGGCUACGGAGAACUCUCCAUUUCGGCCUUGGAGGACAACCAGAAAGUCUUUAGUGAUGGGAGGUUGCCUGACGACUUGGACGAGAUUUUCGAGGCGAUGGACUUGAACCGAGAUGGCUACAUCAGCUAUCGGGCCUUCUUGGCAGUGACACUUUCAGAUGACAUCCGCUGCGACUCCAACAUUCUUGGCGUGACGUUUCGGAUCCUGGACACUGACAAGGAUGGCUUCAUUGGGCACACGGAUUUGGCCAAGGUCUUCGGGCAUGGACCUGACUCCGAGGUCUGCAGCCUCACCAUUAGUGAAGUCAGCCCAGAUAGCAAAGUCUCCUGGCAAAGCUUCAUGCAGCUUCUCGCGCCGGAGUUGAUUGUGGCCAACGCCUUGCUCCAGCAUUGCAUGCAGCUGGCAGAAACCAAAGCCGACAAGCGGACGUGCUGA